AUGCAUCUCCUCACAGCUGAGACUAGUGCAGUUGCUAUAGGUGCUGCUCGUGGCACUCCGCGCCCGCCCUUCUUUGAGGGGUGCUCUCCCUCCCCCCUUGCCCCCUCCUACGCCUCUGCUGCUGCUGCAGACGUCUCUGUUGCUGAGGACGUCGGGGCUGCUUCUGCUAGUGCGAAGCGCCGCAGCAGCAAGGGCAAGGGUGGCAGGGGUGGUGGAGGUGGCAGCGGUGGCGGUGGAGGGGGCAGCGGGAGUGGUGGUGGGGGCAGGAGUGGAGGUGGUGGAGGCACUGGAGGUGGUGGCAGCGGUGGGAGUGGUGGCGGGGGUGGGGGUGUUGGUGGCGGCGGUGGAGGCAGCAGUGGGAGUGGCGGCAGUGGCGGCGGUGGGACUGGUGGCGGUGGGACUGGCGCUCAGCGUGGAGGUUUUGGAGGUGGCCAGCGUCAGCAGCAGCAGCGUCGGAGCGAGGCCCAGUCGCCCCAGCAGCUUCGCCUUGCACACCUUCAUGUUGGACUCAGGUGCCUCGCGCUGUUUCUUUCCUGA